UAAGGGUAGAAGUAUUAUUAUUUUGGGGAUUUUGUAGUGUCGAGUGAGAAAACAGGGGCUAAAACCACAAAUUAUUUCAUCGGAGGCUCGUAGAUUGUGCCCUGCUGGUAAAUCAAAAUCAACCGAGUUUUACGCUUUUUGCUAUUAGUUCUUCUUUCUGGUCAAAUCAUAUUGCUUUGAAAGUCAAAUGGAGAAGCAGUAAUUGUUAUUUUUUCAAAUAAUUGAAUUGGCAAAAACACUAAAAAAAUGGAGUGCAAUAGAGAUGAAGCUUUAAGGGCGAAAGGAAUAGCAGAGAGGAAAUUUUUAACAAAAGACAUUUCAGGGGCAAAAAAGUUUGCUUUAAAAGCCCAAACUUUGUUUCCUGAACUUGAGGGUAUUACUCAAAUGAUAGCAACUCUAGAUAUUUAUCUUGCUGCAGAAAAUAAAAUAAACGGUGAAUCAGAUUUUUAUGGGAUUCUUGGUGUAAGCCCAUUAGCUGAUGAUAAAACCGUGAGAGGGCAUUACCGUAAUUUAGCUUUGUCUCUUCAUCCAGACAAGAACAAAUCCAUAGGGGCAGAUGGGGCAUUUAAGUAUAUUUCAGAAGCAUGGAGUCUGCUAUCUGAUAAAGCAAGAAGAAAAGCAUAUGACCAAAAGAGAAACACAAACACUAAUCAAAAUGGUUUCUACAAUUUCACAAGAAGUACAACUACAACUACAACUAAAAGUGCAACUGCAACCACUUCACAAACAAAUUUGAAGACAUUUUGGACUGUAUGCCAUGCGUGCAAGAUGCAAUACGAGUAUUUAAGAAUGUAUCUUCAUCAAAAUCUCUUAUGCCCAAAUUGCCAUGAACCCUUUUUAGCAAUCGAGACUCCUGCCCCAAAUACAAAAGUUUCUACAAAAGGUUUAAAAAGCUCCAAAAUAUCAACCAAGAAUCAAGCAAAACAUAGGAAAGGUGAAAAUCUUGGUGAUUACACAACCCACCAGUGGGGCCCGUUUUCCAAUACAACAACAACUCCUGCUUCUUCUGUUCAAGCUGCUACUUUGGUUCAACGUGCUUAUGAAAGGGUAAAAAGGGAAAGAGAAGAAGCUCAGGCUGCCAUUAAACGUGAGGAAGCUUUAAAAAGAAAAAAGAAAAGAUCAGGUAAUGUUUCAUCAUCUGGGCAUCAUACUAGUGGUGGAGUGGUUGAUUUGAAGAAAGGUGUUUUGAGUAAUGAUGUCAAUUCUCUACUUGUUCAUAAGGCAAGAAUCGAAAUCAAGAAAAGAUUGAGUCAAUGGAAGUCAGAAACUUUGGUCAACUGUAAGGUUGACCGGAAAGAAGAACAAAAAGAUGACUCGGUCAAUGAGCUGUCAAGAACGAACACAAUGACACCACUCCUGAUUGAUGUCCAGGAUCCGGAUUUUCACAACUUUGAUCGGGAAAGAAGCGAAGGGCGUUUUCGGGAAGGUGAAAUAUGGGCAGUGUAUGAUGAUGAUGAUGGGAUGCCAAGAAAUUACGCUUUUAUCCACAAGGUGAAAUCAAUCGAUCCGUUCAAAAUAAAGGUAUGUUGGCUUCUUAAUUCAACAACAAAUAAUAACGAAAGUAUGGAUGUUUUUCCUUUGAAGAAAGCAUUUGGGGAGUUUAGAAUAGGCAAACACCAGAGUCUCUGUUUUGCUAAUUAUUUUUCACAUAAAGUUAAUUUUAAGAAAAUGGAAAAUGGGAGUUUUGAAGUUUAUCCAAGGAAAGGAGAGGUUUGGGCUUUAUACAGAGAAUGGAAUGAGGAAAAAAACCGGAAUGAAUUCAAUUUCAAACAUAAGUAUGAAAUUGUUCAAGUUGAUGAGUGUGAUGAAGAAGAAGAAGGGUUUAAGGUUACCCAACUUGUGAAAGUUGCAGGCUUUAAAACCGUGUUUCAUAGGCAGAUAAAUGUCAAGGACAGAAGGGUAAUUCCGGAAAGUGAAAUAACGCGGUUUUCGCAUCAAAUCCCAUCUUACUUUCUAACAGGUCAAGAAUCUUUGAAUGCUCCAAAGGGUUGUUGUGAGCUGGAUCCUGCAGCUGUUCCUGAUGAGUUUCUUCAAGUGAUAGCAGUAGAAGAAGAAGAAGAAGAAAACAUCCAUGAUCAUGAUGAUAUUGAUGAGUCAGCAGUUUUAGCGGAUGUUAAGCAAGUGGUGAACUUGGAUGAUGAGGUAGUGGUCUGAUUCAUGACAUAAAGUUUUGUUGUUUGAAGUUGAGAGAGAGAGAGAGUGCAUUAGGCAGUUGGACACUGUGCAUAAUAGUUUGUCCCUGUUUUUAUACUGGAUAUAAAAGUCCAUUUGUUUGGGGUACUUUGUAGUUUAUGCUUGUUAAUGUACCUGAAGAAGGGUGUAAAAUGCUAGUUUUGACUUUGUGAUUUGAGGUCAAAAUGUGAGAGAUGAAUGAAUACAAGGAGGAAGGAUGUAUUUAUUUAAAGAUAUAUUUUAGUCUGAUUGUGACAUUUAAUUAUUGUUUUAUUCA